AUGAAUCUAGAGCAGAGAGAUAAAGAAAAGACCAACCUUAUUGCCAAAUUAGAUGAUGAUAUCAAGGAAAUCAAACAAUCUUUGGCCAAUACUAGUAUUUCUCCCGAAAUAAAUUCUGACAAUAUUCCUGGACAGAUGGAAAAUACAUCUGAUAAUGCACCAAAUUUUGAUGUGUGUCAGGAGACAAAGACUCAAUGCUCUGCAUCAUCAAUUUGCAUAGAAACUAAAUCUUCAGAAAAUAAAGAAAUAAACAAUUUCCUGGACUCAUUACAUAAAGAAAAGGUUAGAUCCCAAGACUUAUCUUUGGAUAAUAAUUUGCAAUCUAAUAAAAACAAAGUACAGAAAUUCAUGUUAGAAAUUUCUGAAAACUCUAAUUUGCAGUUACAAUAUACUGGUUUUAUUAUCAAUGGUAAUGUAGAUAUUGACAUGACUCCAACCUUGAAUGAAACAGAAUCUCAACCCAGCAAUGAUAACUUUACACUUUUAUAUGAAAAACUUUGUGAUGCUAUAAUUCUUGCUGAUUGUAAAACUCAAGAAGCUGUUUUGUGUUACUGCUUAUUUGGAAAAGCUCUUAUGCAAAGACGUAAUGAAAUAGCAUCAGAAAAACAAGUUGAUCCAGAAUCUAAUAUAGUUAGUAGAAUUUUAAAUAAAGAAGUUCAUGCUCAGCUUCCUGCAAAUACUUCUGAUGCACUUUUAUGGAAGAGAAUUGAAAAGGCUAAGAAGCUCUAUAAACUUUUCAAUGCAAUAGGCAUGGAUAACAUUUAUUGA